CACGUCAUCACUUUCCUUUCACUCGCUACAUAUAUUUAUAACCAGCUCACUCAGUCAGAAUCCAACUCAUGUCCCCUCUAUGAAUCGUUCGACUCGAUUUCUAACUCAGCGAUACACUCCCGAGUCACACCGAUUUUUGUACCUUUCAUUCCUUUCGCGGCCUUAUACUCCACGUAUCAGAUUCUCAUCUCCUAAUUUCCCUAAACCAAUCUCAUUUGCAACCGUAGCCGGAGAUCGAUACCAAAACCAAAACCGAAACCUUAACCCGACAAUUCCGAAGAUGGACCCGUACCCUAACCCGCCGGAAUCGUCUGGCAAUGAGGAUUUUAUUCAUAUAGAAAACCCUAAUUCCGGUGCGGAGGCGGCUUUGUGCGAGAGCAUUGUUGAUGUUGCAAAUGAGCUUACUGAUGAAACUGUUAUAACAAACGACGUCGUUUCAAGACGGGAAGGGAGUGAUAACGAGCAGCCGCAACGAGAUGAGUUCCCAGAGGAUCUUUUUAGAAGCGUGGUUAAUUUGACGUGUGAAUCGACGGCCGAGGGCGGUUUGUGUAAUGUAUAUUUGGUUGGAACAGCUCAUGUAUCUCAGGAGUCAUGUGAAGAAGUUCGAGCUAUAAUCCGCCACCUGACACCACAGGUCGUCUUUUUAGAGUUGUGUGCUAGUCGAGUGGCAGUGCUUACUCCUCAGAGUUUGAAGGUACCAACCAUGCGAGAAAUGAUUGAGAUGUGGAAGAAACAACAUAACAUGUUUGGGAUACUUUAUGGCUGGUUUCUUGCCAAGGUUGCUCAUAAGCUUGAGGUUUUUCCUGGUUCUGAAUUUCGUGUGGGUUUUGAAGAAGCCCAGGCAUAUGGUGGCAAGGUGAUACUUGGUGAUCGCCCUGUGCAAAUCACAUUACGAAGGACAUGGGCAAAAAUGCCUCUUUGGCAUAAGACAAAAUUAUUGUACUCAAUACUAUUUCAGGCAGUUUUUUUACCAAGCUCUGAGGAGCUCAAUAAAAUGCUGAAAGAUAUGGAUAAUGUUGACAUGCUGACUCUUGUUAUUCAAGAAAUGAGCAAGGAGUUCCCCACUUUAAUGGAAACCCUUGUACAUGAGAGAGACCAGUACAUGUCAUCUACACUGCUAAGAGUUGCAAGUGAACAUGCUUCUGUUGUUGCAGUAGUUGGGAAGGGCCAUUUGCAAGGAAUUAAAAAAUACUGGAAGCAACCUGUUCAGGUGAAGGAUCUUUUGGAAAUGCCAUCUCAGAAGCCGGCAGUAAGCGCAACGAAGGUUCUUACAUCACUUGGUAUUGCAGUUUCUGGUGUGGCUGUUAUUUCGGGCAUUUAUCUUGCUAGCAAGAAAUAGGUUAUUAAUAAUUAUUCUAAAAGAAAAAUGUUACUUAUAAUUUAUUGCUCGUCAUACAACAAUUUCAAAAAUCAGAUGUUUUUCACUGGAUUCACUUUUACAAAAUUAGUUAUUUAAUUUUAGCUACAGGUCAAAUAAGAAAUAUUUUUUCUUGAUAAUUCUUUGUAUAAAGCCUUGUUGUGAGAAUAGCUUUUUUGUAAACAGGUUAGGUUAUUUUU